CACGUGGGCGAUGCGGAGCUCCCUGCGACCAUAACAACCCGGCGCUUGCCGCCUGCCUGCCUGCCUGUCCGUCUCUCGAGCUCCUCCGCCGGACGCGUCCCCUGCCGCCGCCGCCGUCGCCGCUCGCUCUCCCCGGAGGCAGUGCGGAGGAACCGGCGACAUGGCGAGCGCCUCGGCCUCGCUCAGCUACGUCGGGUGCAACUUCUUGCGGCAGAGGCUGGUGCUCUCCACGCUCAGCGGCCGCCCGGUCAAGAUCCGCAAGAUCCGGGCCAAGGAGGAGAACCCCGGACUCCGAGGUGCAUCUGCCCUGGGCGAGCGAGGAGGGAGGUGGGCGAGGAGAGGGGCUGCAUGGGGAGGAGGAGGAGGGCAGGCGCGUUGGGUGGAGGAGAAAGCAGCAGCAGCAGCAGCAGCAGCAGCAGCAAAACCUAGAGUUGGAAGGGACCCUGAGGGUCAUCCAGUCCACCCCCUUGCAGUGCAGGAAUUUGCAGCUGCCCCUGACGGGGAUCCAGUGCCGGAUUUAUGUACAGUGGUACCUCGGGUUACAGACGCUUCAGGUUACAGACUCCGCUAACCCAGAAAUAGUACUUCGGGUUAAGAACUUUGCUUCAGGAUGAGGCCCCAUUAGCUAAAGUGGUACCUCAGGUCAAGAACAGUUUCAGGUUAAGAACGGACCUCCGGAACGAAUUAAGUUCUUAACCCGAGGUACCACUGUAUAAGCUAAGCAAGCUAUAGCUUGGGGCCCCACUCUCUUGGCGUCCCCCCAAAAUGUAAAGGAAAAAAGAAACCUGACUGUGCAUUUCCGAAAUAUACGAUAAAAAGCAAAUAAAAUAAAAAACCUACAUACAGCAACAGUGUUUUGUGUUGCGUAGGCUCCUAUAGUGUAAGUCAUGGGCCCCGCCUGCUAGCCUGCUUCCUAAAAUAUCACUGGUUUGCUCAUUUCUAUAUUUUGUCUUUCACUAUUAGUAUACUUUUUCUUGAUUAUAUUUCAGUUCAACAAUUACUUUGAUAAAGUACAUAUUUUGUUACGUGCAAAUGGCUUUAGAUACCUAUGAGGUCCAUAAAUUACCAUAUAGCAUAUAUUAAACACAAAAAACCAGUGACAGUUUCUUGUUGACAAAGGACAGCUGGACAUAUAAAGGGCCCCAUUACCUUCAGUAGCUUAGGGCCUCAUCAAACCUCAAUCCGACCUGCACAACCUUGGCAUUGUCAGCACCGUGUUCCAGCCAAAGGGGGCAGUCUCUUACCAUCAUGGAAUUGUAGAGUUGGAAGGGACCUCAAGGGUCAUUUAGUCCGACCCCCUGCAGUGCAGGAAAAUAGCAGCUGCUCAUUACGGGGAUCAGACCUGCGUAACCUUAGCACUGUCGGGCAGGACGGUUGGGUUCCCGUGGAGGAGGAAGCAGUGGCAGCAAAGCCUAGAAUUGGAAGGGACCCUGAGGGUCACCUAGUCCAACCCCCUGAAAUGCGGGAGUCUCAGCUAAAGCAUCCCUGGCAGAUGGCCAUCCAACCUCUUCUGUGAGGCCACAGGUUCUUCUUGUUAGCAUUCGGCUGGGCGCUGCAAGGGAGCAGCUGUGCUGUUGCCCGCUUUCACUUAGGCAAGAAGGGUAGCUGGUCUUGGGGUUGUAGGAGGCGGAUGUGCCAGCCUGCUUGGAGGCAAGUGCCAGCCUGCUUGGAGGCAUCCUUGAGUCUUUCUUGUAUGCUGCUUCCUCUGUGCAGAGUUAUCAGCUGCUAGGACAACCAGUUUGUCGCUGCCUGAAGUGAAAUUCUGUUUACUGAUGCAGAAUGCUUUGUCAUGAUCUGGGAAACACAGGUUAGCCUCUGGAGCUUAUCAGAGCAGAGAUGUAUGAAAGUAUAACUCCAGGCAUUUUAGCUCUAGAAUAGGAAGAAGCUAUGCAUGCUAUGUAUCUCCCCGUUAUUCAGAGAGGACCUGAGCACAAGCCUAACAAUUUCUAAUCAGAAGUAAGUUCUGUUGAAUUCAGUGGGGUUAGGAAUGCAGCCCUGGUUUCCUCUUUUUUCGGAGCUGGUGUGGUGCAUCGAGGACAGACUGCUUUGGGUGGGCUUGGCGUCAGAUUCUCCCUCACCCAUCAGACUCAAUGGUUGGCCUUUGGCUAGUUGGAAUUACCUGUAAACUUGUUUGGUUUGAAGGUAAGAUGGGUUGAUCUCAUCUGUACCAGUCUGAAUGUUUGGGAUGAAUGGGGUAGGGAUAUAAGUGUAAGAUUGUGGAAGUCCCGCUAGAUUUGACCAAAAGCUCAUUUAGCCCAGCUUCUGGUCCACAAGCAGGUCAUGAAGGCAGUUUUAUUUAUUUCCCCAAGGUUUUUAUACCAUUUGAUUGUAAUAAAACUUCAAAACAAUCAAAUAGCAAAAGCCUUCUCUUGCUAUUGCCCUCCAGCAGUUGAUGAUAUUCAGUGGUAUACUGGCUUCUAAACCCAAAAGUUACAUGCAGGCAGCACAGCUAGUAUCCGGUGAUAGCCUUAUGAAUGUGUCAUAGUAUCAUAGAAUUGUAGAGUUGGAAGGGACCACAAAGGCCAUCUAGCCCAACCCCCUGCAGGGCAGGAGUCUUUUCCCCAACAUGGGGCUUGAACCCUUUACCCUGAGGUUAAGAGUCUCAUGCUCUACUGACAGAGCUAUCCCAGGUCAAAUCCCCCUUUAAAGCCAUCUUCAGUUCGUGGCCAUUACUACCCACAUCUUGUAGCGGUGAGUUCCACACUCAGGGAAGAAAUGCUUCCAUUUAUCUGUCCUGAAAUGUCUUCUGUCAAUCAGUGAUAAAUUUAUAUUAGUGUUGCUGGAAAUGAGGGCUAGUUUUGGAAAUAGGCAUAAAACUGGGACACAGGACCAGCUGACUCCCACAGUCCUUUCCAAUUCUGUGAAUGGUUAAGGGCAGGCAUAGGCAAACUUGGCCCUCCAGAUGUUUUGGGACUACAACUCCCAUCAUCCCUAGCUAACAGGACCAGUGGUCAGGUAUGAUAGGAACUGUAGUCUGAAAACAUCUGGAGGGCCGAGUUUGCCUAUGCCUGGUUAAGGGUGUGGGGAACACCAUUUUUGUAUUAUCAGAUUUGAGGCUGUGCCCAGGGGGCUGUGUUUUUAGAUUACCAGAACUGGAUCCAUUAGAGUCCCUCUGUAUAGCUUGCUUUUUAGGUUCGUUUAAGGGUUAUAGUACAGUGUUACCUCAGGUUAAGUACUUAAUUCGUUCCGGAGGUCCGUACUGAACCUGAAACUGUUCUUAACCUGAAGCACCACUUUAGCUAAUGGGGCCUCCUUCUGCUGCCGCGCCGCCGGAGCACGAUUUCUGUUCUCAUCCUGAAGCAAAAUACUUAAUCCGAGGUAAUAUUUCUGGGUUAGCGGAGUCUGUAACCUGAAGCGUAUGUAACCUGAGGUACCACUCUAUUGCCACUGUUUACACACCCUCCCUCUCAUAAUAUAAAAGAUUUUCCUCAAAUAUGGACCAUGUCCAAUCGCAGUAGCCAAUAUGUAGGGAAGCAGUGGGGGACAGGAUGAGUGGAUGGGUUGGAAUUCUGAAUUCCCAUACAAGUUGCAUUGAGUUGGUUUCCCCCCUAGAGCUUAUUGUUGAGAACAUUGCAGGGUUUAGAAGGAGCGAAAUGAUCUGCUACUGAUUCCAGCAUGACUUUACCUUGCUCUUUGGGAGUCUCCCAGCUUAUAUAUCUGAGUUUCUAACUCUGCACUGCUCCCAUAACACUGAAAAAGGGGCUUGCAGAUCAGGCCAGCACAUGUUUACCUGGAAGAAAGCCUUGCUGUGUGUAAACUGGGCUGGCAUUCAAGAGUUUGUGCAGGAUCGCAGCCUUGCGUUCAGUCGGACAAAAUUCUUACGGUUCCCUCGGCUACCAAAUUGGGACACAUUUUGCUCUCUCCCAUCUACUUUUAACGGCACGGUUGGCAAACUGUUUAAAGAGUUUAAAUGGGGAAAAUGUUUUGAUUGUAGCACAUUGCAUGUUGUUGGGAUUUCAUUAAGGUUCUCGGAAUAGUGACUGAAUGCUAAGCAUCUCUGUUUCUCUGACAGAUUUUGAAGCAAACUUUAUCCGGCUGAUUGACAAAAUAACCAAUGGCUCUAGGAUUGAAAUAAACCAAACAGGUAUUUAUGUAUCUAUUAUCUACUUGGCACCAUCACAGUGUAAUGUAUAGCACUUUACGGAGUGCAAGAGAGCAUAGCCCUUCUCCCGGAAGUUAACUGUCUUAAAUUUGAAAUGGGAUACUCAAAGGGGAGGGGAGGCAGGAAGCCGGGAAAGUUCCUGCAAUUGUUUCAAUGGCUGGUAAAAGUAAAGGGACCCCUGACCAUUAGGUCCAGUCGUGGCCAACUCUGGGGUUGCGGCACUCAUCUUGCUUUAUUGGCCGAGGGAGCCGGCGUACAGCUUCUGGGUCAUGUGGCCAACAUGACUAAGCAGCUUCUGGCGAACCAGAGCAGCGCACAGAAACGCUGUUUACCUUACUGCUGGAGCGGCACCUAUUUAUCUACUUGCACUUUCACGUGCUUUCGAACUGCUAGGUGGGCAGGAGCAGGGACCGAGCAACGGGGGCUCACCCUGUCGCGGGGAUUUGAACUGCCAACCUUCUGAUCGGCAAGUUCUAGGCUCUGUGGUUUAACCCACAGCGCCACCCGCGUCCCAUUUCAGUGGGUUUAAAAGGGUCACCAGGCAUCUCCUUCAGCAGGUGUAUGUAAUAAUCACUUCUAUAUCAUGGACCUCCAGGGUUGGGCAAGCCCAACUUCUGGCUUAUGUCAACCUUGUUAUAGUCAUGGACAACUAAUGCGGAGAAUGUUUUCCGUGCUCUUUGAAAGGUACCACUUUAUACUAUCAGCCUGGCCUGCUCUACGGGGGUUCACUGGAACACGACUGCAGCCCCAACCGCAGCAUUGGGUAUUAUUUGGAAAGCCUGCUGUGCUUAGCGCCGUUCAUGAAGCACCCUCUAAGGAUUGUUCUCCGUGGUGCCACCAAUGAUCAAGUGGAUCCUACGGUAAGUUGUGAACCGUCCCAAAUGUCAAUGGUGUUUAUAUGUUUCCAAGUUCAAAGUGUCGGUGCUGCCCUUGAAAGCCCUAAAUGGUCUCGGCCCUGUAGACCUGAAGGAACGUCUCCAUCCCCAUCAUUCAGCCCGGACACUGAGGUCCAGCAACGAGGGCCUUCUAGCGGUUCCCUCGCUGCGAGAAGCCAAGUUACAGGGAACCAGGCAGAGGGCCUUCUCGGUGGUGGCGCCUGCCCUGUGGAACGCCCUUCCAUCAGAUGUCAAGGAAAUAAGCAGCUAUCUUAUUUUUAGAAGACAUCUGAAGGCAGCCCUUUUUAGAGAAGUUUUUAAUGUCUGGUGUUUUACUGUGUUUUUACUAUUCUGCUGGGAGCCGUCCAGAGUGGCUGGGGAAACCCAGCCAGAUGAGUGGGGAAUAAAUAAUAAAAUUAUUAGGAGCGAGAUGGUGGGAAGAGUGGAGGGUGGCUGCAACAAGAGCAAGGAGGAGUCUGGGGGAAGAGAGCUUGGUAAGUCAUUGAUUUGUGGCCACAUAGGCCCCUUAAUUUGGUCCCUGAGGAUUGGGGGGGGGUUCGUGCCCACACACCCACACUUCCGCUCUUGUUGGGUCUAUAAUGGCAAAUCCUUUUACUGUGUCCAUGUCAUUUAACACGGAGAAAGGGAAAGAGUCUGUCACUGGGAGUGCUGCGGGGAUAAGAGACCAUGUUCUGUGGCUGCCCUGUAGCCACAGCUCAAGGCUGUUCUAACUGAAACGGGUUAAUGGCGAAACUGAAAAAGGAAUUGUUAAUUAUGAAUCCAAAGUACAUGUAAUCGAACCAAUUUCUGGUGCUAUGUUGCUUUUGGCAAAUCUAAUCACACAUCCACCCCCCCCAACCCAUUGUGAAUUAAAAUCUCCUUCUCAGAACGAACUUUUAAUUGGUUGGGGCGCAAAGAUUGUUUGUGUUGUCUUCUAGUCAAGAGGCUUUCUCACUGAAUAUCUUUCAGGUGGAUUGCCUUAAGGCGACAGCUCUGCCUUUAUUGAAAAGAUUUGGAAUCGACGGUGAAGAAUUGGAAUUGAAGGUAAGACCUCAAAUUACUAUUUCUAGGAAUUCUUAUCCAUAUCGAGUGUGCUAACCUUUCUCCCUGAUUUGAAUGAGCUUUCCUAUACAUUGUGGCAGCUGCAUUGCCUUGCUAGAAUUUGUCUUCAAAUGUUGUUGGAUGAAAAAGCCGGAGCACUUAAAAACCUUACUGCUUAAAAUUCUCGUUUCUUGUUUUCAGAUCGUGAGGAGGGGCAUGCCCCCCAAAGGAGGGGGCGAAGUGAUAUUCAGUUGUCCUGUUAAGAAAGCAUUGAUGCCCAUUCAGUACGUUGAUCCUGGCAAAAUUAAGCGCAUCAGAGGUGUGGCGUAUCCUUCUUGAAAAGUUUCCAAACUGAUUUCUUUGCUUGCCUUACACUGUAAGGGAAAGAGUUAGGCUGCAAUCCGAAUAUCCACAGACCUGAGUUAGCCCCAUUGACUCAGUGUGGUUCCCUUGCAAAUAGAUGUGUAUUAGAUUGUGUGGGUAGUAAGGCAUAGUGUCGUAUGCACAACUGACGCGCAGUGCCAGGAUGCGGAUGGCGGAGCCAUGGUAGACGUGGGUGACGCUGUGGUCCAAACUCCUGAGCCUCUUGCACUUGCCGAUCAGAAGGUCAGCGGUUCGAAUCCGUGCAAUGGGGUGAGCUCCUGUUGCUCUGUCCCAGCCUUUGAUUGGACUUAACUGUCCAGGGGUCCUUUACCUUUUACCUUUACCUAGAGCAGUCUGAACCCCUUAGCCACGGGGCACAGAGUUUUGCUUUAUUUUAUUUUAUUUAUUGAAUUUAUACACUGCCCUAUACCCGGAGGUCUCAGGGCAGUUGACAGAAUAAAAUCAGAAUAUAAAACCACAAAAUACAUAAUGGAAAUAAAAACAAAAACAACCCAGUAACCCAACACCCCACAUAUUUUAAAAGGGUAUAGGAUGUCAAUCAGAUUAGCCAAAGGCCUGGUUAAAAAGGAACGUUUUGCCUGGCACCUAAAGGUGUAUAAUGAAGGCCCCAGGCAAAUCUCCCUGGGGAGAGCAUUCCACUGCAAAUUAGUGCGUACGUAUAUGCUGUUCGGAUGCAUGCACAGUUUGGAAAUAAAGGCUCAAAAAUUGCUAGCCCAAACGCUGCAUUUAGUGGCUCCACCUGUUCAGGCAUAUCUGUUUUAAACAUUUUGUGAUCUAAAAGGGAAAAUAAGAAUCCGCUUUGUUUGCUGAUUCGUAACUGCCCUCGGGUGAUAAGGUGAACUGUGGCGUACGGUGCCAUCCUAACCACGUCUGCUUAGUAAAUCCUCUUUGAGUUCUGUGCAUAAAUGGGAACACACACCCCCCCAGCUCUUUCUCAGCCUCCGCUUUUGUUGCAAAACCUGUUUCCUAGCAGCUUUCCUUCCUCGCUCUAUUUAAAGUGAAAGCUAAAAGUCCACGGGAACCUGUCACUCUUUGCUGGUGUUUCUGCUCAAUUGACACGUGGGUUAAACUGUCUGCCGUACUGGUCAAGCAGUAAAACCAGGAAGUGCAGAAGAACCCACCCAGUGGUUCGUCUCAUCUUUUACUCUUGACAAUCUCCUAAUCCUUUCACGUGUAGGAUCUUCUAAAACUCUGAAUUCGGGGUGGGGAUGGCUACAUACACAAGCCCCCAACCCCCGACUUAUGUUUAAGGUACAUGCUCAGAAAGAUAAAGAUUAUACCAUUCUUCCUUGCUGAAGGAAGUUGUCACUCCUUUUUCCAUGUUGAAUUGGUUGUUGCGCUGUUGACUAGCCCUGUGGUGUGCUUAGCCCUUUCAAGCAGGUGGGUGGGUGGGUUGGAGAGGGACUCAGUAAAAAAAGGUGUUGCAUCUUCCUGCAAUCACAUGAUGCUGCGAAAGAUACAUUCAGCAGACCCUUUUGACCAUGGGUACGCAAGCUAAGGCCCAGGGGCCGGAUCCAGCCCAAUCGCCUUCUGAAUCUGGCCUGCGGACUGUCCGGGAAUCAGUGUGUUUUCACAUGAGUAGAAUGUGUCAUUUUAUUUAAAAUGCAUCUCUGGGUUAUUUGUGGGACAUAGGGAUUUGUUCAUAUAUUUUUUUUCAAAAUAUGGUCCGGCCCCCCACAAGGUCUGAGGGACAGUGGACCAGCCCCAUGCUGGAAAAGUUCGCUGACCCCUGCUUUUGACUAUGGAAAGUUAAGUAACACUUGCAAACCAUCCAAACUCACAAGUAGAGUGGCAGAUGAAAAUGAUGGACUUUGCAGAACUGGCGAAGCUGACGGGAAAAAUCCGAAACCAGCACGAUCAAGUAUUCCAAAAGGACUGGAGUAAAUUUAUACAAUAUUUGAAAGACCAUUUCAAGCAAUUAAUAACACUAGUAGGGUUAUCUGAAGGCUUGUAAUGAGAAUAUUUUUACCUUUCUAAAUUUAUUUAAAUUUUGAGGUAUUUUGUAGUGGGUUGUAUUAGAAUUGGAAAAUAUAUACAGUGGUACCUCGGGUUACAUACGCUUCAGGUUACAGACUCCGCUAACCCAGAAAUAGUACCUCAGGUUAAGAACUUUGCUUCAGGAUGAGAACAGAAAUCGUGCUCCGGCGGCACAGCAGCAGCUAGAUGCCCCAUUAGCUAAAGUGGUGCUUCACGUUAAGAACAGUUUCAGGUUAAGAACAGACCUCCGGAACAAAUUAAGUACUUAACCCGAGGUACCACUGUAAAAUGUUGUGAUAUCAAGGUUACUUUUGAAAGCCAAGAGGUGGGAGGGAAGGAAGUCGAUAGGCUCUAAAGAGCCAAAGAAGUAAAGUGGAUAAUAAUGAUGUGAGUAUAUUGUUUAAAUGGAAAACUAAUAAAAAUUAUUUAAAAAACAAAAAAGCAAAAUGCACAAGCAGGAAAUGUGUUGGAAGUCCUCUUCUGGCUAUGAAGGACUUGGUCACAAAUUUAUUGAUAGCUGCAUGCAUUAUUAUAGCUAGGAAGUGGAAGAGGCAAGCAGAAUAUAGAAUGGAAGAAUGGUAUAAAGAGGUGUGGGAUAUUGCUGUUAAUGAUAAAUUAACAUGUGCCAUUAAGGUUAGAUGGGGAAUACGCAGGAGAAAUGAUUUCAGAGGAGAUAUGCUUGUAGAAUUUGUACUGUUAAAACAGAAAGGAGUCAGACCAUCGCAAGAGGUGUUGAAAUUUUGGGAGGUUGGAUAGUUAUAAUGGAAUGGUCUUGGUGGUGGGGCGCACGUUUUUAUUCUUAUUUAUUUAUGAUUAUUUGUUAAAAAUAAAAAGGAUGUAUAAAAUGUAAAUAAAUAUAAAUAAAAUAAGGAAGUCCUCUUCUGUAUACCGGCCUGCUUUUGUGUUAACGGCUUUUUCUAUAAGAAAUUCCUUAAUUUCAUAAAUCAGCUAUUCGGUCAGAGUGUCCCCGCAGAUUGCGAACCGAAUUGUGGAUUCUGCAAGGAGCAUCCUGAAUAAAUUCCUACCGGAUAUUUACAUCUACACCGACCAUAUGAAAGGGACAAGCUCUGGGAAGUAAGUUUUCCUAAUAAUAAUAAUAUUUUAUAUAUGCCUCCACCCAUUAUUCUUUAAUAGGCCAUUUAUUUGUGGUUUACUAAUAUAAUGCUUACUUGAAGGAGGAGGGGUGGAGGUGGGGGCAGAAGGCAAUCUGGUAAUAACAAUUUUGUAGCAUUGAUACAGCUCAAUUUGCAGUUUUCAAAGCCUCUCAGUAAUCUUUGCAACAGUUCCGCGAGAUAUCAUUCUAUCUGUAUGGCAGGUGAGGAAUUAGUGAAGUUCGGGGAACAGUGGCUUGUCAUGGGCUGAACUGCUGAGUUUGUGGCUGAAAUGGGAUUGCAGCCAUGGACCCUCCUGGCUUCCACUCUGACAAUGCAUGAGUGUUUCGGCCUAGGACCCUCGUACCUACGGGACCGCCUCUCCUGGUAUGCCCCACAGAGGAACCUACGGUCUGCAAAUAAAAACAUCCUGAAGGUCCCAGGCCUCAGAGAGGUUAGGCUGGCCUCAACUAGAGCCAGGGCUUUCUCGGCUGUGGCUCCAAUCUGGUGGAAUGCUCUGUCACAAGAGACUAGGGCCCUGCGGGACCUGACAUCUUUCCGCAAGGCCUGCAAGACAGAGUUGUUCCACCAGGCCUUUGGUCAGGGCCCAGCCUGACUCCCUCCUCUGGCAACCUGCACAGAACUUUGCUUAACGGUUGCCAUUAAUUUGAUUUUAAUUAAUUUUUAUAAUGAAAUGUUUUAGAAUGUUGGAUUAUUUGAUUGUUUGAUUAUUUGAUUGUUGUUAGCCGCCCUGAGCCUGGCUUUGGCUGGGGAGGGCGGGAUAUAAAUAAAAUUUAUUAUUAUUAUUAUUAUUAUUAUUAUUAUUAUUAUUAUUAUUAUUUCAUUGAGCUUCACCUGAUCCACCUGACCUUCUGUGCCUUCUGCUCACAACCAGCUUUUGUAAGGAAGGAAACCCCUCCUGAACUCUGCCCACCCUCCUCCCAAACUCUACAACUCUUGGGAAGAGGAUUCUUACAUUUCCACCCAUACUUUAGCAGCAGGUUGUUCAAGAGAGAGUUUGCCAUCCAAUGGACUUGGAAAUUUCUUAAGGGCAGCUUGUUCAGCUCUGCCUGUCUCCUGUUGUUAUUGACCUUUAUUGGCCCAAGCUGUCAGUCUCCUUUUUACACCUCCAUCCCAAGUGCGCUUCUUAUUUUUGUUGUUGUUGUUUAGUUGUUUAGUUGUGUCUGACUCUUCGUGACCCCAUGGACCAGAGCACGCCAGGCACUCCUGUCUUCCACUGCCUCCCGCAGUUUGGUCAAACUCAUGCUGGUAGCUUCGAGAACACUGUCCAACCAUCUUGUCCUCUGUCGUCCCCUUCUCCUUGUGCCCUCCAUCUUUCCCAACAUCAGGGUCUUUUCCAGGGAGUCUUCUCUUCUCAUGAGGUGGCCAAAGUAUUGGAGCCUCAGCUUCAGGAUCUGUCCUUCCAGUGAGCACUCGGGGCUCAUUUCCUUAAGAGUGGAUAAGUUUGAUCUUCUUGCAGUCCGUGGGACUCUCAAGAGUCUCCUCCAGCACCAUAAUUCAAAAGCAUCAAUUCUUCGACGAUCAGCCUUCUUUAUGGUCCAGCUCUCACUUCCAUACAUCACUACUGGGAAAACCAUGGCUUUAACUAUACGGACCUUUUUUGGCCAGGUGAUGUCUCUGCUUUUUAGGAUGCUGUCUAGGUUUCUCGUUGCUUUUCUCCCAAGAAGCAGGCGUCUUUUAAUUUCGUGGCUGCUGUCACCAUCUGCAAUGUUCAUGGAGCCCAAGAAAGUAAAAUCUCUCACUGCCUCUUACUUUAUAGGACUGCAAUUACUUGCCCUUCAGGUCCUGUAUUGCCCUGAUAUCAAACCAAGCGGAAAGACCUUUGCUGUCUCACAGCAUCCUCCAAGUGGGCUUUCUUCUCCUGAAGCUGGAGCUACGAUCUAGGACCAAACUCGGUCCCACUCUGGCUUCUCUGUGCAGACUGUACUGAACUUGAUGGAGCAAACAGUCUUAACUUUGUGCAAUGUGUUUUCUCAUGUACCCACUGAUGGGCAUAGUAACUCAGUGGCUUAGUAAGUGUUUUGAAUGCUGAAGAUCCCGGGGUUUCUAGUUGAAAGGAUCCAGUGGCCAGCAUUAGGGAAGAGCUCUUCGGAAAACCUUGGCAUGGCCACUGCUGACUAUUUUAUACCAGAACGUUAAUUUUUUACAUGUAAGUUUAGGCUUUGUUUUUCUUUAAGCAACAAGCAGGCACCUUCAUCACAGGAUUUUAAAAUGAAACAAUUCCUUUCAUUCCACCCCUGUGUCCUGUGUGCUUUCUUCUUUCAGGUCCCCAGGUUUCGGCCUCACUCUGGUGGCAGAGACGACAAAUGGUACUUUCCUCAGUGCUGAGUUGGCCUCCAGCCCCCAGGGACAGGGCGCAGCUGUGCUCCCGGAAGACCUGGCCAUAAACUGUGCAAAGCUGCUACUCGAAGAGAUUCACAGAGUAAGUAGCUGUUUCGUUUUCGCUCCCUGAAGAAUUGUGGUGGUGUCUCAUAACUUCAUUUUACAUCUUUGCAUUAGGGAGACUCUUUCUCUCCAUGCUGCCCAGGUUGUAUUCCUUCUCUAGAUGGCGAAAGAAAACCUGCGCUGUGUGUAAUGUAUUUCUCCUUAAUGCAACAAAUGAUCUUGGUCAGAAAUAGGACUCUUCUUUAAGAGGUAAUUAGAGCCCUUCUCUGGUUUCGAAAGACUUCGCCCCUUUGAUUAGGAAGGUUGUAGGCCACAGAAUCAUUUUGUUCUUGCUGCUGAUGCACCCUGCGCUAAAUGGGUUCCUGAUCUGUUAGUGGUCAGCUCGUGUCAUUGGAUAUGCCAAUGACUAUUUUACUUCCUAAUGAGAGCCGGAGAAAGAGAUGGGCCUUAUUCAUGGUUGCCUAAUGGGCUGUAAGGCUCAGGAUGGAGUUGGAAAGCCAGGGUCAUGUUUCUUUCUAUGCUCUUCCUGAGUGCAUCUGAGAUCAAGAAAAUGCAUGCCACAGAGGUGGGAAUGCCAACCUAUUAAACAAUUUUGGAGUGAAAUAUAUGAAGAAAUCAAAAAGAUGUUUAAAAUAUCUUUUAGUAAAAAACCGGAGGCAUUCCUUUUAGGUAUAAUCACAAACGAUAUUCCUGAGAAUCAAAGGAAAGUAUUCCUCUAGGCGACAACAGCUGCCAGGAUGCUCAUAGCAAAAAAUUGGAAAGGGAGAAAAAUUCCAUCAAUGAAAGAAUGACAAAUUAAAUUUUGUGGAUAUAUACAUCUGGCAAGACUCACCAGCAUUCAUAAGGGGACAAUCGGACCAAAAAUUAAAAGAAUGGCAAUGUGCUAAAGAGUAUAUGAGAAAACAUUGUUCUGGAGUAAGCAUAUCGGUAUGUAACAGAUGAAGCUUUGCAGGGUUAAAGAAAGAGAAAAAUGGUGCAAAAAGAAUAAAGAUAGAGGUAAUCUACAUUAGACACAACAAUUUAGAAAGAGUAAAAAUUUUGAGGUCUUAGAACAAAGGAAGGAAGUCAAUAUGUGUAUAUGGACGUAACGAUUAGAAUGAUGAUAUGGUUUUAUUUGUAGAUGUGUGUUUUUUGUUUUGUUGUUCUUUUUUCUCUUGUGUCCUCCCCCCCCCCCCCCUUGUUUGUACUGUUUUAUUUUGGAUUCAUUGUUUGUAAUUUUUGUUGUAAUUUUGCAUUGAAAAUUAAAAAAAAAAUAAAAACAAAAGAAAGAAAACGCAUGCCACAGAUUGGGCUGGCGGGUUGGUCUUGCAGAAAGGAAUCUCUCUAUCUCAGCAUAUGAUGGAGCUAUUUCCACUUGAACCCCCUGUCUUGGUUGACUUGGGCUGCCGGGUGCACACUUCCCGGAGGGUAAAUCUGUUAGAAUGUGGUGGGGUAGGCAUACGUGGGAUUGGGCAGUUGAUUUCUUUGGCCCUACAAAUUCCUCUGCUUUUACACACAAAUUGGUCCCAAUACCGAUUUCAAGCACCUUUUUUGCCGUUGGGUUCGUUGAACGCGUGUUAUCUUUUUGACCCUUGAAAUGCAGUUUGUAACUGUUCUGUGGUUUUCCCUCCCUCUUCCCCUUUUCGCCCAUAUUUUCCGGUUAAGUGCAAAGCUUAAUUAUUAAAUGGUUUGCGUUUGCAGGGAGGCUGUGUGGAUUCAACAAACCAAAGCCUCAUUCUUCUCCUCAUGACCCUUGGGCCGCAGGACGUCUCCAAAGUCCUGCUAGGACCUCUGUCCCCAUACACGUAAGUCCUUUCUAUUUCCCCCACCCCCUGAGAAGGAAUUACCCAUCUCUGUUCAAUUUGCUAAUAGCAUAGAAUAACAGAUUUUGUUACUACUGUGAAUGCUUAAUUUGUAGCUGCGAAAGGAACUUCUUCAAAGCCCUCAGUGCAGUGUAUUAGGUAAAAAGAUAAAAAGUAAAGGACCCCUGGACGGUUGAGUCCAGUCAAAGGCGACUAUGGGGUUGUGGCACUCAUCUCGCUUUCAGGCUGAGGGAGCUGGCGUUUGUCCACAGGCAGCUUUCUGGGUCAUGUGGCCAGCAGGACUAAACUGCUUCUGGAGCAACGGGACACUGUGAUGGAAGCCAGAGCACACGGAAACGCUGUUUGCCUUCCUGUCGCAGUGGAACCUAUUUAUCUACUUGCACUGGCGUGCUUUCGAACUGCUAGGUGGGCAGGAACUGGGACUAAGCAACGGGAGCUCACCCGUCACGGGGAUUCGAACCGCCAACCUUCCGAUCGGCAAGCCCAAGAGGCUCAGUGGUUUAGACCACAGCGCCACCCGCGUCCCUUUACUAGCGGUCCUUUACCUUUACCUUUGCAGUAUAUUACCUGUUGUCUGAUUUUAGGAAAGCCAACAGAUGACUUGCUCAUCAAUCCUCCACGUUUCCAGAGCUCUGAAACAUGCUGCGGCAAGUAAUGGGCACACAAGCUGGGUGCUUGUUUUCUGACGUAACCUCUGGGCCAUGGUGGUGAUGGUGAUGUUGAUGAUUUUAUAUGCCGCCCAUCUGACUGGGUUACCCCAGCCACUCUGGGUGGCUUCCCACAAUUUAUAAAAACCGCAAUAAAACGCCAAACAUUAAAAACUUCCCUAUACAUGGCUGCCCUCAGAUGUGACCCAGAAGUUGGAUAGUUGUUUAUUUCCUUGACAUCUGAUAGGAGAGUGUUCCACAGGGUGGGCGCCACUACUGAGAAGGCCCUCUGCCUGGUUUCCUGUAACCUCACUUCUUGCAAUGAGGGCACCUCCAGAAAGCCAUCGGAGCUGGAUUUCAGUGUCCAGGCUGGACAAUGCAGGAGGAGAUGCUCCUUCAGGUAUACAGGGCUGAGACCCUUUAUACCAGUAGCUGUGGCAUAGAAGGGCUAAUAUUUUGGACCGUUUAAUCAUCUUCUCUGACUCGAUUUGCGAAGAUUGAAAAGAAACUGCCAGGCAUCCCCUUUUGUGUUUGGGAGGAGGAAUGCGAGUGUUUCAGCAUUUGGCGUAAAGCUGUCUGUGCAAAGGAAAAGACCCGUUUUGAUACUGGUGGAAGGAGAUGUCAAUAUUGGGAGAUGCAGCUCCUGCUUUCUUUGCAAUUGACCAUUUCCAGCGGAGAGCUUGCUGUGGUUUCUUCGCCUUGCAUGCCGGCUUCUGCAUCUAUUUUGGAAUUCUGUUAGUGUUAGGAAUUCCAUUCCACCCUUUGCUGCAGAUAUGUGGAUUGUUACACGUCACAUGCCUGUUUACAUUCCAGCACAGAUUGCUGGCAUGAGGGGAACUUCCGCUCUGUAUUGCUUUUGUUUUCAGUCUCUCCGAGAAGGCGGCAAGGAGAGAAGCCAUGUUUUCUUUGUCCUGAUUUAUGUAUAAUAAAUGUGUAGUUAAGUAUUGAGUCCACGCCUCAAGCCUCAUCUCUCCGUAUGCCCCACGGAGAGCCUCAAGGUCCAUAAAUAGCAACACCCUAGUGGUCCCUGGCCCUAAGGAAGUUAGAUUAGCUUCAACCAGAGCUAGGGCCUUUUCAACAGUGGCUCCGGCCUGGUGGAACGCUCUGUCUCAUGAGACCAGGGCCCUGCAGGAUCUGAUUUCUUUCCGCAGGGCCUGUAAGACAGAGUUGUUCCGCCUGGCCUUUGGCUUGGAGCCAAUUUGAUUCCCUCCCCCUCUUUCUUUUUUCUUUUCCUUUCUCCUCCUGUGAUGAGGCUGCAUUUUAAUAUUUUAAUGUUUCAAUAUUUUAAUGUUGUAUGUUAAUUUUGUUUUUAAGUUAUAUUCAUUCAACUUGUUUUUAUUAUUGCUUGUUAGCCGCCCUGAGCCCGCCUUGGCUGGGGAGGGCGGGGUAUAAAUAAAAAUUAUUAUUAUCUGUUAUGCAGUUUACACUGCUGAGUAAUGUGUGCUCAAGCCUGCUCUGCUUGAGUCACAGACGCAUGUCGGGGAAGAUGACUGAUGGAUCUCUGCAACGGCAAGGCUGAGAGGGUAGACACCCCAGCUGGGGCUGAGCCAGCUGGCUUUUCAUCCCCCGGUUCCGACAGAACAACUAGACUGUGAACUGUCCUUUUUCGGUUAUCAUGGUACCGGUGCUGUAUGUGUGAAAGGUACAGUACUGUGAUAACUGAAGAAUGAUGGUGCCAUCGCAAUGACAUGGGUGCUGUGCUGGGAAACUACUGCUGGACCUUGGCCUCUGACCUUGGAAGCCAAAGGGGAGAUCUUGUGAUUGGGGCGGAGGGAGACCAGAGAGAGAAGCUCUCAGACAUAACACUCAGGAGCGGUAUGCAAUCAGCUGGGGAUGCCUUUGGUAGCAAAGAUGACCAAGUGAUCUUUCCUAUGUUGGCAAUGAGCCUAUAUAAGGAGCAGAGGUAGAGCAGGGAUCAGCCAGCGGGAGAAACCAAGUUGCAAAUUGUCAGGAUCCGGUGUCAGUCAGCAAUAAAAAGAAACCCACCAGUGUCAGCAGGGUGGGUUUGAUUUAAAUGAAAUCGAUUUAAAUCCCGAUUUAAAACACUAGUCAGUAAGACUUGAUUUAAAUAAUUUUUUUUACAAAAGGACUCAUUCUUACUGGUAUAAUGUUAAUAUUUACAACCAGAUGAAGGUUUCAUUUUUGGAAUAAUAAAUUUUCAGAGUAGUUUUUACAGUUACAUCAAAAAUUACUGAUUUGGUUAUGCUAUUAGAAAUACAUAGAUGAUAACUGUGAAAUUAUCGUGAGGUCUAAUAAGUUAGCUGGUUAUAUUAGGACAACUUAUGAUAUAAGUUUGUCAGCUCCAGCCAUCUGUUUGCAUAACUAAAUCAAAUGCUAAUUGUGUUGUGUACUUUUCUGUGUGUACUAGACUUCCAGUUUGCUCAAUAUAUAGAAUCUUGGAAAAGAUGUUUUUAAAAAUAAAUCGUGUGUAAUCCCCCCCCCCCCGUUAUAAAUUUCAGGUGUAUCUGUUGGCAUCCAGAUGUUGCCCACGUUAACUUUUGCGUAGGUUAAGACAUUCACUUUUGCUUUUUCUUCCUUUCUUAGAAUUGAGUUUCUGCGGCAUCUGAGAAGUUACUUCCAGGUUAUGUUCAAAAUCGAAAGCAAACCGUCCGGCGAAGAACGCAAAGGUGGAGACAAGGUCUUAAUGACAUGUGUGGGCAUCGGGUUUUCCAAUCUUAGCAAGACGGUAAAAUGAUGUGCCUGUGGAUUUUUGUAUGAUUAAACUAAUUCCCUUUUUGUAACACGGAAGU